UUCUGGUGGAGGGUUAGGGUUUGUUAAGUGUAGUAAUACCAUAAAAGGUGAUUUUGUGUGGUUUAGAGGUCAUCUUUCAAACUUUCAAUAACGCAACAGAGGACUAUAUAGCAUACAACUAUUAUUUUAUUUUUCUUUUUUUUCUUUUUUUAUUAUUUUAUUUUAUUUUAUUUUAUUUUAUUUCAUUUCAUUUCAUUUCAUUUCAUUUCAUUUCAUUUCACUUCAUUUCAUUUCAUUUCAUUUCAUCGCUUCGGAACACUUUCUGACGUUUCGUGUCCCGGAAGUACUUCUUGUCAGCCAGUGAGGUCAAAAUGGCGGCGCGCUGCAUGUAAAGGGGUCGUAACCGCAACCGGCUUUUUGCUUCGGGAACAUGUAUAAAACACCAUGUAGACGGUUGUCAGGUUUUGUUGGAGUGCACGUGAAGCGAAAGCUGCUUCAAAAUGCUCCUCAAAGUAACCAGAAGUUUAGCUGCCUCAUCCAGCUGCAUAGAAGAGACCCUUCAACCUGGCUGACGUAUCAACAUCUCAAUUUCCUUAAGCGACAGUAUGUUACAAAAAAUGGCAGUGAGCUCCACCAGCGUGCCAUCCCCAAACAGACACACAGCAUGAGCUUUGUGGAUGAGAGAGACGACAGCCUUGAAACACAAGUGGAAAGAAUACCAGCCAUUAAUCAUCCCAUCACAGAUCCCGUCUCUCCGCCAGAUUUUGUUGCCGUCAAGUCGCAGCCCGAAAUCUCCUCUCCAAAACCGGCUGUAGAUGAGAAGGCGGCUUCGCCUGAAAGGACGGCGUCUGAAACUGAAGCUCCUUCAGUGGAGCCGCCGCAUAUCUAUGUUGAAACGGAGGAAGUGAGGCAGGCGCGGCUGGACAGACAGUGGAAGCAGCUGAAGCUCGAUGUGUCGGAGUUACCGGAUAUCUACUCCAGACUUUCCAAAAUCAAACUGACAGCUCUGGUGGUUAUAACUGCAGCUGCUGGUUUCUCAAUGGCUCCCGUGCCCUUCGACCCCCUCAACUUUUUUGUGUCUUCUCUGGGAACAGGCCUUGCAUCUUGUGCUGCCAACUCAAUCAACCAGUACUUUGAGGUGCCCUUUGACUCCAACAUGAACCGCACGAAGAACCGUCCUCUUGUCAGAGGACAGAUCAGUCCCCUACACGCCGUGUCAUUUGCCCUGGCUUGUGGCGUUUCUGGAGUCGCUCUGCUCACCCUGGCAGUAAACCCUUUAACGGGCUUCCUGGGCGCCCUCAACAUCUUUCUGUACACCUGUUGCUACACGCCACUUAAAAGACUCAGCAUCACCAACACCUGGGUCGGAGCGCUGGUCGGGGCAAUCCCUCCCGUGAUGGGCUGGACCGCCGCCACGGGCUGUCUGGAGCCAGGUGCUCUGCUGCUGGGCGGCUUCCUGUACAGCUGGCAGUUCCCGCACUUCAACGCUCUCAGCUGGAACCUGAGGGAGGACUACUCCCGCGGCGGCUACCGCAUGAUGUCCGUCACCCACCCCUCCAUGUGCAAGCGCGUGGCACUGCGCCACAGCCUGGCGCUCAUCGGGCUGUCCGCCGUGGCGCCCGUGCUGGACGUCACCACCUGGACGUUCCCCGUCAUCUCCUUACCCAUCAACUUGUACAUCAGCUACCUGGCUUUUCGCUUUCGCCAGAAGGGAGACCGCAACAGCGCCCGCAAGCUCUUCUUCUGCAGCCUGUGGCACCUGCCCAUGCUGCUGCUGCUGGCCCUCACCUGCAAGAAGUACAGCAGAGACGGCGAGGAGUCGGCGCCGUCGGCGCUCACGGCUAAUUAAUGCGACUGAACUCCAGGACAAACAGCCGUUUUUUUUUAUAUAAACUGACUGGAUAUGUAUCUGUACAUAUUCUGUAUUUAUCUCUGUUGGUCAUAAAUGAUCCUGUACAGUUUAAUCACACCUCAGCGCCUGGAUUACCCAAAGGGGAUUACAAAUGCCUAAUUUUUUAAUUCAUCUGGAGUAAAUAUUAACGGUUUAUAAACCCUAUUCCAUUUGCUGGUGUUGUGGCGCUUUAUUCUGAAAGGAACCAAAAGCAUUCUGUAUGAGCAAAAGCUUGAACAAUAAACAUUUCAUGGUU